AUGACAGGAACCGCAACACAAACUAUUAGCAGCCACAAAAGCAGCAGGCGCCAACGAAAAUGUCACCAGCGGAAUCAGAGUAGCAGCACUAGACGCCAACGCGACGGCGUAUUAGUGUCUAAAAGCCUUAGUAGCAGGAGCAACAAAAACAACAACAACAAUAGCCAUAGCAAUAAACAAACGCCCAUCAAGAGCACCAGUAGUAAUGAAAAAUCGUUAUUUUCGCGCGAGUGGAUACGCAAUAGCAAAACUAUAUUGACACAUAAGUGCAAGCAACACGCUAACAACAACAAAAACAAUAAUAAAGACAAGAACAACAACCAACUGAAUCACCUAGCAACUGACCGAAAUAAUAGCAACACACAAUUCAAAGACAACAACAUCAAAACCAGCAGUAAAAUGAAUGUUGUAGUUUUAAGCGACGAUAACAUUCACGGCAACAACCAGAUGAGCUACUGUAGCUAUAAAUGCAACAGCGAUGGCAAUAGUCCACAUACAAAAAGCAUGAAAAUUUAUUACCAACCACAGACACGCACUCCAGCAACAUUUCGCAGGCACAUUUUGGAGACGAAAUCAAGCGUCCAAAACCACAACAACAACAACACCAACAACAACGAUGACGGCAACAGUGCUGGCAACAUAUUCAUGCUAUAUAUGGUUGUCGAGCCGCCGCUGGCAGCUGCAGCAACAGGAAGAAAGUCAACCAACAUUGCUACAGCUACCGAUCCCACUGAUGCGCACGCGACCACCACAACCGCACUCUCAACUACAGUCAUGCGUAUAUAA